UUUGUCUCACGUGUUAUGUGCGUUUGGGAUUUAAUCGGGUGAGGAACAGCUGUUGCUUGCGCGCCAACAGAACACGCUCGACUCUCAUAGCACAUGUAUCGCUCCGCUUGUAUCGAGUAAGUAACAAUCCGUACGUGUCAAGUGCAACGAUCAGAGAUCAAAGACACUUUACGAAGACUGCGUAUACGCUUCGAUUCGUACGUUUUUCUCAAGCAGAGGCACGCGGAAGUGACGGAUUAAUCUUGCGGUAAUCACAAGUUUCUUAAACGCGGUGCGCACGUCUCCGCUCGCAUUUAAGUAAUUUUCGUUUGUGGAACGUAGUAUCGCGUGACAUAACAGAACACGUGUAAACGAUAUCAUUCUUCGAAAGUAAUACGAGCCGGGAUUUUCGAAAGCAUCGGUGUCUACGAAGGCAUAGAAGAAAAGGAUAGACAGCGGAACGAGAGGCAAAUUCAUCACGCGAAGAAGACGAAGAGGUAGAUCAAGGAGUAUUAAACGAUUCGGCGACAUGAAUCUCUCAUUCGCCGGCUGCGGCUUCCUUGGCAUCUACCACGUCGGCGUGGCGGUUUGCUUCAAAAAGUACGCGCCACAUUUGCUGUUGAACAAGAUAAGCGGCGCGUCCGCGGGUGCUAUCGCCGCAUGCUGCUUGCUCUGCGACUUGCCCCUCGGAGAAAUAACGAGCAAUGUAAUGCGCGUGGUACGCGAAGCACGACAAUAUGCGCUCGGACCGUUUAGUCCAUCCUGCAAUAUACAAAGCAUAUUGCUCGAAGGUUUGCAAAAGUUUUUACCAGACGAUGCUCAUAUCCGUGUAAAUGGCAAAUUACACAUCUCUCUGACCAGAGUGUAUGAUGGGAAGAAUGUGAUCGUUUCACAAUUCAAUUCAAAAGAAGACCUACUGCAAGCUCUAAUGGCCACUUCGUUCGUGCCAUUUUUUUCCGGUUUACUGCCACCGCGAUUUCAUGGCAUUAGAUACAUGGAUGGUGGUUUCAGCGACAAUCUUCCUAUGCUCGAUGAAAAUACCGUUACCAUUAGUCCGUUCUGCGGAGAGAGCGAUAUUUGCCCGAGGGAUAUCUCGUCUCAACUUUUUCACAUCAAUCUUGCCAAUACAAGCAUAGAAGUUUCUAGACAAAACAUAUAUAGGUUCACGAAGAUACUUUUCCCACCUAAUCCCGAGAUUCUCUCGAAUAUGUGCAAGCAAGGAUUCGACGAUGCGUUAAGAUUUUUGCAUCGUAACAAUCUAUUGAAUUGCACAAGGUGCCUCGCAGUACAGUCAACCUUCGUAAUACAGGAAACAAUCGACGAUAGCAUGGAAUACGAUCCGGAAUGUAUCGAGUGUAAAAUGCACAGACAAGAAGCAUUGGUAGCUAAUUUGCCUGAAACCGUUAUGACAAUAUUUCAAGAUGCCAUAGAUUCCGCCAACAAAGGACUAGUUAAUUGGUUGUUUAAGCAUCGUAGUAUGAAACUGCUAUCGCUGUUGACUUUGCCUUGUACGCUACCGGCAGAUGUGAUGUAUGCUACUCUUACAAAUCUCAUUGGUAACAACAUAGAAACUCGCAACUUGGAAUACAAAGUAGUCGGAAAUGUUCUGCGUACCCCUCAACACACACAGGCGCUUACUUGCAAUAAGCAUUUAACACGUUCCUGGCUUAUUAUGAGUGUUCCGAAGCUAAGAAAUAAUUUAGUGGAAUUAAGUAAAUUUUUCUUAGAACAGUUGAGUAUAAUGUUCCCGAAAAUCACUGUCUAUGUGCCGCUGUCUCAAACUGUUAAGUGUCGGCUGAACAUCAUGGAAUAUGGUCCAAAUAUGUACGAUGUGGAAGAGACAGAUUCUGUAUAUAGAAAACAGAAGAACGUGAAUUUAACUGUCCAAUACGAUACACAAUCAUGGCUAGAUUCAAGAUCGAAUUGCGUGAUAAAUAUGGAUGAUCUUACAUCAGUGGACGACACCUUUGACAAUAUUCUCCAAGUAACUUCAGAACAAGAGGCUAUAAUAGCAUAUUAUUAUAUGGAUGAUAACAACAAAGUGCAAGUGACAGAGAUCUUCGAUGUAACUGAUUCGGAAUCGCACACGAUGUUGUCCAUGGACGAAGUCGACACCAAUAAACAACUCCAAUUUGAUGAUUGGGAUGAGCGUACAUGGUUAUCUCAACGUACAUUUAACGAUAUGAUUACAGAGUCUCUUUUCACUGAAGAGAAUGAAAAAAGCACGGAGAAUUUAUCGGAUAUAUCAUUAGAUGAUGAAGUGCUAAACAGUGGAAAUAUCUUUUCCGAUCCAGAAAGUGAAUGGGAGGUAGAAAAGAAUACCGAGCAAACAGAGGUACCUAAGUCUCCAGAUAGUCGGCCGGAAGUAGAUCAACCGUCCACAAGCUUGUUGCAAAAAUAACUAGUAGCCUAUUAUUGUUAUCACGUAGAACAAUUAGUAUAGGUUUAUAGGUAUUUUAUUGCGAGAACAUACGCGCGCUAUUUAUUUAGCGGAUUAAACAGGGUGAGAUAUUUAAAACUUCGAUCGACUACUUCCAUUAUAAAUGAGCAUGCAAAAAAUAUAACGGAAGUAGAUUAAUAUCGUUAUACUAUUGAACAUGUGCCAAUAUCACUUGCAUUUAAGUGUCUGUAGUACGAUAUAUAUAUACAGUAUUCUAUCUUAAUCCAAGUUUACUAACUUGGAUUUGGAAAUUUAAUGUUAAUAUAAACGCAUGCGUGAGUCUACAAAUCUCACAUAAAGAGACUGAUGCAUUGAUGAUUAAAAAGCGCACAGAACACCAUAUUUUUUAGCUGGAGACUUUAGUAGAGAUAAUUUUCCUUCCAAACAAUGUCGAGUUAAAUAAUUUUUUAAUAAUUAACAAUUGAAAAUACAAACAAUCGAGACAAAUUAUGUUUUAAAACGGAAAAUAC